AUGUCCGACUUAUUCCAGUGCGCUAAGUUCGACAAGGCCGACGAAGCAGCCCAGCUUGUCGCCUCGGGCGCCGAUGUCAAUGCAACCGGCGAAAAGGGAAGGACGCCGCUGAUCGUGUGUGGGGAGUGUGGGAGCCCGGAGGUGGCGAAACUGCUGCUGGACAAGGGCGCGGACGUCAACGCGCAGGACGACGACGGGAAGACGGCCCUUCAUCUCGCAGCGGACGCGUACAGGAACGAUCCGACCGGCGAAGCGUGCCGUGAAGCGAUCUUGGACGUGCUGGUGAACACGGGGGGCGCGGUGUGCCUCUUCGACGGGAAGGGCAAGCUCCCCGACGCGGGCGAGGACGCCGACUUCCUCGUCGUGAAGAUGAUGGACAAGGCCGAGGCCGCUGGGAAGGAGGCGCGGAAGCAGCAGGGCAAGCAGCGGGCGGAGAUGGGGCGGCAGGCGCUGCAGAGGAAACAGAAGGAGUACCAGGAGUCGUGUAGCGACGCGCUGGUGGCCGUGAUGGACUCGGGCUCCCACGAGGGCUACAAGCACCACCGGUGA